GUUGUGGUCUAGAGCAGGUGUUUGAGAAAGAGACAGAGACCCUAGCGGCCGCUCCUCUCUCCGUCUUCUCCCGUCUCUAAAGGGGAAAUGUCGAUCGAGAAACCGGCUACUGCACCUCCACUCUCAGAUCCAGACCGAUCCGCUCCUCCCCCGGGCCCCGGCCAGCCGCAGGUCGUCACGGGCGCUGGUUCGGCUCCCAUCGGGGACAGGAUGGUCUCUGGAUCCGGUUCUAUGGUGCUCCAGGCCGGGGUCAUCAACCCCGCCGUGCCAAUCAGGAAUAUCCAAAUGAAAUUCGCGGUGCUGGUGGGCCUUAUUCAGGUUGGAGAGGUUAGCAACCGGGACAUCGUCGAAACGGUUCUCAACCUGCUGGUGGGGGGUGAGUUUGACCUAGAGAUGAACUUCAUCAUUCAGGACAGUGAGAGUAUCGGCUGUAUGGUCGACCUGCUGUCUCACUGCGAAGUCACCUGCCAGGCUGAGGUGUGGUCCAUGUUCACAGCCAUCCUGAGGAAGAGUGUGAGGAACCUUCAGACCAGCACAGAGGUGGGCCUCAUACAACAGGUCUUGUCCAAGCUGAGCUCUGUGGACGACAUGAUCGCAGAUCUGUUAGUGGAUAUGCUGGGAGUGAUGGCCAGCUACAGUAUAACAGUGAAGGAGCUGAAACUUCUCUUCAGUAUGCUGAGGGGAGACAACAGUAUCUGGCCUAGACAUUCCAUCAAGUUGUUGUCUGUGUUGAACCUGAUGCCUCAGAGACACGGUCCAGACACCUUCUUCUACUUCCCUGGUCGCAGUGCAGCGGCCAUAGCGUUGCCUCCCAUCGCUAAGUGGCCUUACCAGAACGGCUUCACUCUCAACACCUGGUUCAGACAAGAUCCCCUCAACAACAUCAAUGUAGACAAGGACAAACCAUACCUCUACUGUUUUCGAACCAGUAAAGGUAUUGGCUACUCGGCUCACUUUGUGGGUAACUGUCUGAUCGUGACAUCCCUGAAGUCCAAGGGGAAAGGCUUCCAACACUGUGUGAAGUACGACUUUCAACCCCGCAAGUGGUACAUGAUCAGCAUCGUCCACAUCUACAACCGCUGGAGGAACAGUGAGAUCCGUUGCUAUGUCAACGGUCAGCUGGUCUCCUACGGUGACAUGGCCUGGCACGUCAACACCAACGACAGUUAUGAUAAGUGUUUUCUAGGUUCGUCAGAGACAGCAGAUGCUAACAGGGUGUUCUGUGGUCAGCUGGGAGCCAUCUACGUGUUCAGUGAGGCUCUCAACCCCGCUCAGAUCUUCGCCAUACAUCAACUGGGUCCCGGGUACAAGAGCACCUUUAAGUUUAAGUCGGAGAGUGAUAUCCACCUGGCAGAGCACCAUAAGCAGGUCCUGUAUGAUGGGAAGCUGGCCAGCUCCAUCUCUUUCACCUACAACGCCAAGGCCACCGACGCACAGCUCUGUCUGGAGUCAUCGCCCAGAGAGAACGCAUCCAACUUCGUUCACUCACCACAUGCACUCAUGCUGCAGGAUGUGAAGGCCAUAGUUACCCACUCCAUCCACAGUGCCAUCCAUUCUAUAGGAGGAAUACAGGUCCUCUUCCCUCUCUUCGCACAACUGGACUACACACAACUCAACGACAGCUCUGUGGACACCAGCGUGUGUGCCACCCUCCUGGCGUUCCUGGUUGAGCUGUUGAAGAGCUCCGUGGCCAUGCAGGAACAGAUGCUGGGGGGCAAAGGAUUCCUGGUGAUCGGGUACCUGCUGGAGAAGUCAUCCAGGGUCCACAUCACCAGAGCGGUGCUGGAACAGUUCUUGUCCUUUGCUAAGUACCUGGACGGUUUAACCCACGGAGCGCCACUCCUCAAACAGCUGUGUGACCACGUCCUCUUCAACGCUGCCAUCUGGAUACACACCCCCGCUAAGGUCCAGCUGUCCCUGUACACCUACCUGUCUGCGGAGUUCAUUGGGACGUCGACCAUCUACAGCACCAUCCGUCGCGUCGGUACCGUGCUCCAGCUGAUGCACACACUGAAGUACUACUACUGGGUCAGCAACCCACUGGAGAGCAGCGGCAUCACACCGAAAGGACUGGAUGGACCGAGGCCGUUCCAGAAGGAGAUCGUCUCUCUCAGAGCCUUCAUUCUGUUGUUCCUCAAACAACUCAUACUCAAGGAUCGGGGUGUGAAGGAAGAUGAGCUACAGAGCAUCCUGAACUACUUGCUGACCAUGCAUGAGGAUGACAAUAUCCAUGAUGUUCUUCAGUUGUUGGUGGCUCUGAUGUCAGAACACCCAGCCUCCAUGAUCCCAGCCUUCGACCAGAGGAAUGGCAUACGGGUGAUCUGUAAACUCCUAGCCUCUAAGACUGAGAGCAUCAGAGUCCAGGCUCUCAAAGUCCUGGGAUACUUCCUCAAACACCUCGGACACAAGAGGAAGGUGGAGAUCAUGCACACACACAGCCUGUUCACCCUGCUGGGAGAGAGGCUGAUGAUCCACACCAACACAGUCAGCGUCACAACCUACAACACACUCUACGAGAUUCUGACAGAACAGGUGUGUACCCAGGUAGUCCACAAGCCCCACCCAGAACCUGACUCCACCGUCAAGAUACAGAACCCCAUGAUUUUGAAGGUGGUAGCGACCUUGUUGAAGAGCUGUAGUCCUGAACUGAUGGAGGUCAAGACGCUGUUCCUGUCUGACAUGAUCAAACUGUUCAGCAGCAGCCGAGAGAACAGACGGUGUCUGUUACAGUGUUCAGUGUGGCAGGACUGGAUGUUCAGUCUGGGUUACAUCAACCCCAAGAGCCCAGAGGAACAGAAGAUGAUGGAGAUGGUCUAUAACAUCUUCAGGAUCCUGCUCUACCACGCCAUCAAGUAUGAGUGGGGGGGAUGGAGGGUCUGGGUGGAUACCUUGUCCAUCGCUCACUCCAAGGUAACGUACGAGGCCCAUAAGGAGUACCUGGCUAAGAUGUACGAGGAGUACCAGCGGCAGGAGGAGGAGAACAUCAAGAAGGGGAAGAAAGGUUCCGUCUCCACCAUCUCCGGCCUCUCGGCCACGCCCACCCCCGUCGUCAACGGCAACCUGGAGAUCCGCGAGCUGGACGACCACUCACAGACACAGACCCCAGAAAGCGAGGCCGAGUACGGAGAGGGCGGAGGAGUGGAUUCCAGGAACCUGCUCGCUGAGGGAGGGGUGGAGACGAAAGGACCCAACAGGGGGGCAUUGACCCCUGGGGAGCAGGGGUCAGGGGAAAGGGACGAAGUUCAUGACCUCCUGGUGGAUAUCAAGGCGGAGAAGGUGGAGGCUACGGAGGUCAAAUUAGAUGACCUGGAUCUAUCCCCGGAAGGGACGGUGGGAGGAGGAGGAAGGAUGGAGGGACUGGGUGGAGGAGGGAUAGGAGGAGGAAGGAUGGAGGGACUGGGUGGAGGAGGGAGGAUGGGGAACGGGCCCCUGGUGGAGGUAGACUCCCUGCUGGACAGUGCCUACUGUGUCGUGGUGCGGAAGCUGAAUGGCAACCACAGUAACCUGGUGCCUAAAGAUGACACGGUGGUCACGGGGGCGGGGCCUGACACCAUGAAGGAUGAUGGGAACAUGGGUCCGCUCAUCAUCCUCGCUGACGAGAAGGACAGCGUCCCGAACAACACAGGAUUCCUCUUCAGCAAGGUUGAUGAGAAGCUUCUUCCAGCGCUGGCUGCCACAGACCCCCUGGUCCUUCCCAGCCCGGACCAGCCCCUCUCCUCAGGCCCCGUCCACUCCUCCAACUGCCCCAGCGAUGACCUGAGUCUUCUGGCCCACAUGACCUCAUGCGGAGGCUCAGACCAUGGAGGGCUCCCCGAAGACGGGCCCUUCAAUAUCCAGAGCCCCCUGGCUGACAUCAGCUCCAUCGCCCAGAGAGAGAGCCAGGCAGCUGAGAUGCAGGGCUACCCAGAGGUAGAGGUGCCGUCUGGGGCAGAUGGAGAGGUGGCGGGGGGUAAGGCUGGAGGUGACGCGGCUCGCACCACAUCUGAUACAGACAGAUCUGAUGAUGGGAAGGACAAAGAGAUGGAGAAGAUACAGACCACCGCUACUACUCAGGCACUCCGUGGUCAUCCGGCGGCCCAGUCAGAGCGUGACCUGCGUGUGGACCUGGCCUUUAGAGGGAUGAUGACAGAACCCAUGACGGAGGAGCAGCGACGCCAGUUCAGCCCCGGGCCUCGCACCACCAUGUUCCGUAUCCCAGAGUUUAAGUGGUCACCCAUGCAUCAGCGCCUCCUCACAGACCUGCUGUUCGCCCUGGAGACCGACGUGCACGUGUGGAGGAGCCAUUCGACCAAGUCAGUGAUGGACUUUGUGAACAGCAAUGAGAACAUCAUCUUUGUCCACAACACCAUUCAUCUCAUCUCUCAGAUGGUGGACAACAUCAUUAUUGCCUGUGGAGGAAUCCUUCCUCUACUCUCUGCUGCCACAUCCCCCUCUAGUUCAAAGGUUAGUGCAAACACUGUUGAGUUAGAGAACAUGGAGUUGACCCAGGGCAUGUCUUCAGAGACGGCUGUGUCCUUUCUGUCUCGGCUCAUGGCCAUGGUGGACGUUCUGGUGUUCGCCAGCUCCCUCAACUUCUCUGAGAUAGAGGCUGAGAAGAACAUGUCCUCUGGAGGUCUGAUGAGACAGUGUCUACGACUGGUAUGUUGUGUAGCAGUGAGGAACUGUCUAGAGUGUAGACAGAGACAGAGAGAUAGAGGCUGUUUCUCCAAGUCCAACCUGCCCAGCAGCAAGUCACAGGACAGUCUACAGAGUGCAGCCGCAGCCAGCAAGGAUCCAGACAGACUCCUACAGGAUGUUGACAUCAACCGCCUAAGAGCCGUGGUCUUCAGAGACGUGGAUGACAGUAAGCAGGCUCAGUUCCUGGCCCUGGCGGUGGUCUACUUCAUAUCGGUCCUCAUGGUGUCAAAGUACCGGGACAUCCUGGAACCACAGAGAGAGAUUGGCAGGUCCAGCAGCCUAUCAGGGAGGAGCAUCCGCCACGAGAUCAACUCCCCAACCAGCACAGAGCACCCAUCGUCCUCCUUCCAUGAGGGUGGUCAGGGGGAGAAGCAGAUUCCCACCCCCAUGGAUGACUCUCCGCUUGCCUCUCUGCCCCACACCGACUCAGGAAUCGGGGAGGAGGGCCACGGCCCUGGGGUUCUGAACGGAGCAGAGCUGGGCCUGGGGCUGGGCAUGGUAGGCAGGGAGACAGACAGAGACAGAGAGAGGGAUCUACUGUGUACCCUGUCAUCAGAGGUUAGAAGGUCAAGGGAGAGCCUAUUUGAUUCGCCCCACAACCCUAACUCUGCCUCCAAUCCUGGUCAAGCCCCGCCCUCGUCGAUCUCGAGCAUCAGCCAGCCUAACAAGGGCAUCAACGUCAAGGAGAUUCUGAAGAGCCUUGUGGCCGCGCCCCUGGACGGUGGAGAUGCGGGACAUGAAGUUGGCCCCACCCCCUACCACCCUGAUCCCGCCCUCAAGACACACCCAAUGCAGUUCCACUCCUUCGACAGGUCGGUGAUGGUGCCAGUCAAGAAGCCCCCUCCCGGCGGCCUGUCAGUGAACACAGUGGGCACGUCCACCGCCAGCGGAGCGGUCACACCAGGAAGUACACCUAACAUAUUCGCAGCUGCUACGGCAACGCCCAAGAGCAUGAUCAACACCACAGGUGCCACAGAGUCUGCCUCCUCUUCCUCCUCCUCUUCCUCAUCCUUCGUUAACGGAGCGACGAGUAAGAACCUACCAGCAGUACAGACAGUGGCUCCCAUGCCUGAGGACACCGUCGAGAACCUGAGUGUCUAUUGUGAGGUGGAGCAGUGUGUGCUGCGCAGCGGUUUGCCACCCCCUGAGCUCAAGCCCUUUAGCUCUCUGGCAGGCUUCCAGACAGCCCCCCGCGAUGCAGCACAGUGUCUUAGUAUCACCACUAAGUUGGAGCGUGCCCUGGAGAAAGUGGCUCCCCUCCUGAGGGAGAUCUUUGUGGACUUCGCUCCUUUCCUCUCUAGGACCCUGUUGGGUAGCCACGGCCAGGAGCUGCUCAUUGAAGGUACAGGUUUGGUGUGUAUGAAGUCCAGUACUUCAGUAGUAGAGCUGGUGAUGCUGCUCUGUUCUCAGGAGUGGCAGAACUCAAUCCAGAAGAACGCUGGUCUGGCCUUCAUCGAGCUCAUUAAUGAGGGAAGACUGCUGUGCCAUGCUAUGAAAGACCAUAUUGUGCGUGUGGCCAACGAGGCAGAGUUUAUCCUGAACAGACAGAGAGCUGAAGAUGUACACAAACACGCUGAGUUUGAGUCUAACUGUGCCCAGUACGCUGCUGACAGGAGGGAGGAGGAGAAGAUGUGUGAUCACCUGAUCAGCGCUGCCAAGCACAGGGACCAUGUGACCGCCAACCAAUUGAAACAGAAGAUACUCAACAUCCUGACCAAUAAGCACGGGGCGUGGGGCACGAUGUCACAGAGUCAAUUACACGACUUCUGGCGUCUGGACUACUGGGAGGACGACCUGAGGAGGAGGCGGAGAUUCGUACGAAACCCCUUUGGCUCCACCCACCUUGAUGUGUCACUUAAAGCCCUGGAGGACUAUGGUACGGAGGAGGAGGAAGAGGAGGGGCUUAAGUCUAAGAAGACCUUGCGCAGCCAAUCACUGGUCAGUCAGAACCUGGAGGCGGAGCUAAUGCUGGAGGGAGACGAUGACACUGUCAGUCUACUGCAGGAGAAAGAGAUGGACAACCUGGCAGGCCCUGUGGUGCUCAGUACUCCAGCCCAGCUGGUAUCUCCAGUAGUGGUGGUCCAUGGGACUCUCUCCAUCACCACCACUGAGAUCUACUUUGAGGUGGACGAGGACGACCCUAGCUUCAAGAAGAUCCACACCAAGGUCCUGGCCUACUCCGAGGGUCUACAUGGCAAGUGGAUGUUCAGUGAGAUCAGAGCUGUCUUCUCCAGAAGAUACCUGCUCCAGAACACUGGUCUGGAGGUCUUCAUGGCCAACCGCACGUCUGUGAUGUUCAACUUCCCGGACCAGGCUACAGUGAAGAGGGUAGUCUACAGUCUACCCAGGGUGGGAGUAGGAACUAGCUACGGACUUCCUCAGGCCAGGCGUAUCUCCUUGGCGACCCCUCGUCAGCUGUUUAAGUCGUCCAACAUGACCCAGCGUUGGCAGAGGAGGGAGAUCUCCAACUUCGAGUACCUCAUGUUUCUCAACACCAUCGCAGGGAGGAGCUACAAUGAUCUGAACCAGUACCCAGUGUUCCCCUGGGUUCUCACUAACUUUGAUUCAGAGGAGCUGGACCUCACUCUGCCCGGCAACUUCCGAGACCUAUCCAAGCCAAUCGGUGCGUUGCACCCAAAGCGAGCGGUGUUCUCUGCAGAGCGCUAUGAUACCUGGGAGGAGGACGGAACGCCACCGCACCACUACGGCUCCCUCUACUCUACCGCUAACACCACACUGCUCUGGAUGCUGCGGAUAGAGCCCUUCACCACGUUCUUCCUGAAUGCCAAUGAGAACCAGUUUGACCAUCCUGACAGAGCCUUCUCUGGCAUCGCACGGGCCUGGAGGAACUGCCAACGGGACACCGCUGAUGUCAAGGAGUUGAUCCCAGAGUUCUACUACCUUCCAGAGAUGUUUGUUAACAGCAGUGGCUUUGAGCUGGGACAGAGAGAGGACGGGACUCCUGUGUCUGACAUAGAACUGCCAGCCUGGGCCAAGAAACCUGAGGACUUCGUACGCAUCAACCGCAUGGCGUUGGAGAGUGAGUUUGUGUCGUGCCAGCUGCACCAGUGGAUAGAUCUGAUAUUUGGUUAUAAGCAGCGAGGGCCCGAGGCUGUACGAGCUCUUAACGUCUUCCACUUCCUGUCCUAUGAGGGUUCCGUCACCUUGGAUACCAUCACCGACUCCGCACAGCGGGAGUUGAUGGAGACCCAGAUCCAGGCAUGUGGUCAGACUCCAUCCCAGCUGCUGAUCGAGCCCCAUCCCCCUCGCUCCUCUGCCAUGCACCUGUGUUUUCUUCCUCAGAGUCCUCUGAUGUUUAAGGACCAGAUGCAGCAGGAUGUGAUCAUGGUGCUGAAGUUCCCCUCCAACUCUCCUGUGACCCACGUAGCAGCCAACACCCUGCCCCACCUCUCUGUCCCUGCUGCUGUCACCGUCACCUGCAGCAGACUGUUCGCUGUCAACCGUUGGCACAACACUGUCGGUCUCCGUGGGGCUCCAGGUUACUCCCUAGAACAGGCUCAUCACCUGCCCAUUGAGAUGGACCCUCUCAUAGCCAACAACUCAGGUGUGAGUAAGCGUCAGAUCACAGACCUGGUGGACCAGAGCAUCCAGAUCAACACACACUGCUUCGUGGUUACCGCCGACAACCGCUACAUCCUGGUCUGUGGCUUCUGGGACAAGAGCUUCAGAGUCUACUCUACCGAGACAGGUAAGUUGACCCAGAUAGUGUUUGGCCACUGGGACGUGGUGACUUGCCUGGCCCGGUCAGAGAGCUACAUCGGGGGGGACUGCUACAUCGUGUCGGGGUCCAGAGACGCUACCCUGCUGCUGUGGUACUGGAGCGGACGCCAUCACAUCAUUGGAGACAACCCCAACAACAGUGACUACCCUGCCCCGAGAGCCGUGCUGACGGGUCAUGACCAUGAGGUGGUGUGUGUCUCUGUCUGCGCUGAGCUGGGACUGGUUAUCAGUGGGGCCAAAGAGGGUCCAUGUCUGGUCCAUACUAUAACAGGGGAUCUGCUUCGGGCCCUGGAGGGCCCAGAGUUGUGCCUGAGGCCCCGCCUCAUCUCUGUGUCCAGCGAGGGCCACUGUGUCAUCUGUUAUGAGAGAGGACGCUUCUGUAACUUCAGCAUCAACGGGAAACUGCUGGCUCAGAUGGAGGUCAACGACUCAACACGGGCGAUCCUGUUGAGUAGUGACGGUCAGAACCUGGUGACAGGAGGAGACAACGGGGUGGUGGAGGUGUGGCAGGCCUGUGACUUCAAACAGCUCUACAUCUACCCAGGCUGUGACGCUGGCAUCCGUGCCAUGGACCUGUCUCACGACCAGAGGACUCUGAUCACUGGCAUGGCGUCUGGCAGCAUCGUAGCUUUCAACAUCGACUUCAACCGCUGGCACUACGAACACCAGAACAGGUACUGAGGAGGACAAACACGAGACGAAGACGAGCACCAGACGAGGAGAGAGAGGAAGACGAGCACCAGACGAAGAGAGAGGAAGACAAGCACGAGACGAGAGAGGAAGACGAGCACGAGACGAGGAGAGAGAGGAAGACGAGCACCAGACGAGGAGAGAGAGGAAGACGAGCACGAGACGAGGAGAGAGGAAGACAAGCAUGAGACGAGGUGAGAGAGGAAGACGAGCACCAGACGAGGAGAGAGAGGAAGACGAGCACGAGACGAAUAGAGAGGAGGACAAGCAUGAGACGAGGAGAGAGAGGAAGACGAGCACCAGACGAGGAGAGAGAGGUCAAGCUGUAAACAACAGCUACAAAAAUGAAGAAUAAGAGGUUGAAAAGCCACCAAAACUCUACUUCCUGUGAUGAGUUUCACUUGAGAAGGAAGAGCGAGAGAGAGAGUGAGCAUCACAGCUACUGUAGGACAUCUUGUCUGCCAUUUCAACCCUAACAGCCACACGACACCCCUGAUGGGAUCCUUAUAUUAAUGAACUAAGAUAUAAAGUAAGGAGGAGAUCACAUCUACUGCUCGACUUUGACUGGGGUAGAACAGACCCAUAAAGGACUUUUAAUGUUUGAGAAUAUUCACUGUUAAUGGACAGAACGCGUAUCGCUUCACAGGACAAAGUAACAUUACAAAAAAAAAAGUUUUUUUUCUCUCUCUUUUGUUUCUAGUUUCUAGUUUUAGAGGAUGGGAGAUGUGGUCCAGACACACAGAAAGUUCAAACUGGUCGAAACUGAAUUGAACAGGUUUAAAACUGUAUUGAACUGGUUUAAAAGUGUAUUGAACUGGUUUAAAACUGAAUUGAACUGGUUUAAAACUGAAUUGAACUGGUUUAAAACUGAAUUGAACUGGUUUAAAACUGAAUUGAACUGGUUCGACCCUGGAAUGCACUGGUCUGAAGCAGUGCUUCCCAUUAAAGAAAACAGAUGCUGUUGGCUUAAACUCAUAUCGAGUAAAUUAUAUAUUUUUUGGUUUCAUAUCAUUUUGUUUUGAUUUAAUUUCUUUCGUUUGAUUUAUUUUAUUUCAGUUAAUUUAUUUUUGUAAUAUAUAUUUUUUGUUAUUGCCCCCAGGAGGGUAAAUCUAAUUUCUGUAAAUACUGUUUUGUUUCCUAGUCUCUGUGUCAAUGAUUGACAAGCAGGAAUAGAUCACAGUCCUCACUCCUAUCACCACACAGACCAUCACUUUUAAUUUAUUAAUGACUUCCUGUGUAAUAAUAGCGAUGGCAAUGAUGAUGAAGAUAUGUUUCGCUAACGCCAUCAAACGAUGACAUCUACCAGAUAUCCACAAGACAGUCUGAUUUUCUUUGUAUAUUUGGUGAUUGUUUUGUCAAAUAUGUACAUAUAGUCUUGGUUUCAGGCUACAGGUGUCACAGAGAGGGAGUUUGAUAGACUUCAGGCUACGAUGGACAGGCCUCACAGAGAGGAAGUUUGAUAGACUUCAGGCUACAGGCCUCACAGAGAGGGGGUUUGAUAGACUUCAGGUCUAACAGAGAGGAAGUUUGAUAGACUUCAGGCUACGAUGGACAGGCCUCACAGAGAGGGAGUUUGAUAGACUUCAGGCUACAGGCCUCACAGAGAGGGAGUUUGAUAGACUUCAGGCUACGAUGGACAGGCCUCACAGAGAGGGAGUUUGAUAGACUUCAGGCUACAGGCCUCACAGAGAGGGAGUUUGAUAGACUGAUAACGUAAAAAAAGGAAACCUUCACUCAUUCACAUUUGAUUAUUCAAAGAAAGGAAGACAAAAAAAGAAUUGAAUCAGUGUCAAACGUUUUGUUCUUGUAUUCACACUUUGCAUCAAAUCACAUAUUAUUUAAUAGCCUGGUGAUUAUUUCCUGUCACAUGACCCUUAAGUUAAGUUAAUUAAGACCAGAGAGAGGGAGGGAGGGGGAGGAGAGACAGGAAGUACAAAGGUAAAAUAUGAGAUGUACUGUUAGUGUGUUAAACUCAAUCAAAUACACUCACACCCAAAAACAGGUUCUAUUUAUGGAUCCAAAAAAAAAGGUCAAAUAUUUUUGGAUCUAUGAAAUCCCCCCCCCCCCCAAAACAAACUAUUGUAUUCAUGUUUUAUUGCAAAGAUGGAAAUAUGACCACGUGUGAGUUGAAAGGUGGAAGAAAAUACAAAAUAAAAUAUGCAAAGAAUUUGUUGAUCUGCCUUCUCAUUUGUAACGAUUGUCAUCAUGCUAAAUUAUGUUAACAAAAUAAAACAUUUCAGUUUG